GGUCAAAUUUCAUUAGCAACACCGAGCGCCUAGCCACGUUCGACCGGAAAUGUAAUCACGAGAGUCAAAAUGGAGUAAAAGUCUCUAAUAUAAAUAAAGUACAAACUAGUCUAGUUCUGGCAAUCUGACAUCUGAUUCCUAAUUUUGGAAGUCAAAUUCAUAAGAGUAAAAACAUUGAUGGAAGGAGAAAUCAGUUUGCGAUGUCUUUAACUGCACUACAAAGUCAGGUGACACACCAAUACAUUCCUUGGAAAAAAUGUAGCCUAUGUCGGGAUGCCAAUGUGUUUAAGUCUCCCAGAGAUUUCAGCCAACACUUACGUGAUUUUCACUGUUCCAAAGAAGGUGGUUCCUAUGUUUGUCGUUACGGCAUGAACGGUGUCUGUCCGUCGCUACCUUUAGAAGGUGUGAGUGAUAGAGAUUAUGAUGACCAUGUCAUCAAGGAUCACAUCCAUACUGAGCAUGGUGGUGCCAGAAGUAAAAUUAGAUCAAUCCGAAGUGAAGAGCGACAGUGUAGUGAAGGGCAAGCCACUACCAAUUCUGAUCCCUGCAUUGUGCAAGAUCAGUUUAAGUGGACAAUACACAAUGCCACUGUUAACCUGCCAGCGCUGCUGAAUGAUCCGAGACUUGUUAAACGAGAAACUGAUUUCUUCACAAAAACUUGGGGCCAGUCUUUUGAGAAGGCAGAGAUACUUCCAUCGCCAUAUGUCCCUGAAAUAGGACUAAAACAUUUUGAGAAAUAUCUCAGGAAAACAUCAGUUAGAUUGAAAAAACAUUCCAAAAAUAGAGACAAGCUGACGGAAGCUCCCACCGGGGGCAAAGAUAUUUUUCCAUCCCUUCAUUUCAAACAAUUAGAGCAAGGUAGAGCAGACUAUGACCAAAUUAAGCUUUUUAUGUCAACCCAAUUUAAUCUAGAGAAUCCAGAAAUAUUUAAUGCAGUUUUCCCUUGGUCCCAAAUAGAAGAAUCAAAAUCUACUCAACAAACAGAUAAACGACAGUCUACAAAGCUUCUUCAGGAAAAGCUGAGUCAUUAUUUGGACAGUGUAGAGGUGCAAAUUGCUCGGCAGAUUUCACAGAAGUCUGAAGCUUUCUUUCAUGCUAUGACAUCACACGAUGAGCUUCAGGAGAACCUUGCCCACACAAUCCAGUGUAUCAAACAACUCAGGGAAUAUAUUAACAUUUUAAAUGAAAAGAUUGCUAAAGAGUCCCUAAAAGUCAUCAAACUGUCUCGUACAAAAGCCAAUUACCAAGCAUUAUACAAUAAGCUCAAAAUCAUGUCCUCCAUUCAUGAGACCCAGCCUACCAUUCAGAGACUGCUUUCCAACAAUGAGUUCAUUGGUUCCCUAGAUCUGAUCUCCACGUCCCAAGAUGUACUCUGUAAGGAUCUGGCUGGAAUACACAGUUUUAGACAUCUUGGUUCACAGUUAGCUGAAAUGGAAAAGUUGAUAGACAAAAUGCUACAGGCAGAUUUCAAUCGCUGUAUUUCAAUGGAACUUAAUCGACCAGUCAAAGAUGCUCUUCUCUUGGCUGAUGAGGAACACUUAGUGUCUGUGCUGUUUGGCAUGCUAAGGCAGCACAAGUUUAACUUCAUUGAUGUCUACAGAGAGGAAGCCUUCACAGCCCUCAAGGCUACAGUCAAACAGACUGUUGUUGAAGCUGUGGCCAUUGCAGAUUGUAAUGAUACAGAGAAUAAUGCCAGCAGUUUGGCUGACCAAAUGAGAUUGUUAAACUACCCUCAGUGGAUGGAGCUACUCAAGCAAGUCUUUGCUAGCGUCAUGGUCUUGUUGGAUAGAACCAAGGCAUUUCAUGGUCUAGUGACAAAUAUUAUGGGUAUGGCUGCAGGCAAGAACAAAGCUUGCUCAGAUGCUGCAAUGGCUGCCUCAGGGGAGGAUGUUGGAGAGACUGAAUAUCUCCAUGUUUCUUUGAGUGAAGAUGUUGAUGUCAUGAUAACCUCAGCAGAAUAUGACAAGGCCCAGGUUUGCCUUAGAGAAAUGUUGUAUGCUGUGAGUGACUACGGCCAUGACAGAUGCGUGAAGGUCAUGAAUGCUAGAGCCAAGGAUGGAUUCUUAGAUCGCCUGUCAUCGUCAGAGUUUGUUAUUCUGUCAAGGUGUAUUGAGGACUUUGUCAGUGACACUGAGCAAGUGUGUGGUAGGAAGAGCAUGUCACUCAGAGGAGUCCUUCAGAACCAGGCCAACAAGUUUGUUGCUCGAUUCCAUGAGGAGAGAAAGAAUAAACUCAGUCUGAUCCUAGACAAUGAGAGGUGGAGACAGGCUGAUGUACCUGCCGAGUUUCAAGACUUAGUCAGUCAUGUCAUCAACACAGGUACUUUAACAUUACCUGAAAAAAAAUCUGGCACAGGCAGCACUCAAAUAACUAAACAAUAUUUAUAUGCAGGGGAGGAAGAGUUUGCAGUUGUUGGCACUGUGUUGAUGUUGGUCAAAAUGAUGGUAGAAUACUGUCAGUGUGUUGUUGACAUCCCUUCUGCUACCCCAGAUCUCCUUACUAGGCUUAUAGAUUUAUUGAAGAUGUUCAAUUCCCGCACUUGUCAGCUACUGAUAGGAGCAGGAGCCAGACAACUGGUGGGGCUUAAAACUAUUUCCACUAAGAACCUAGCGUUGGCUUCAAGAUGUCUGCAGCUUGUUGUCUUUUUUAUACCACAAGUUAAGGAACACUUUGAACAAACUCUACCUGCUAAAAAUAGCAACAUGCUCAAAAAUUUCAAGAAAAUCACCAAGGAUUAUGAUGACCACAUUGAAGAAAUCAACCUGAAGUUAAUCAGCAUCUCUGAGAAUAUGACUGAAUCACAGCUAACUAAGUAUGAAGUGAAAGCCCCAAUGCCUUCCCAAUGUUUUAGAACUAUAUGUAAACAACUGGCCAAGCUUCAUGAAGCUUUAGUCGGGACAUUGCCUUUAUCUCAGAUUAGAGAAUUAUUUCAAAGGAUCAACCAGUCUUUCAUGCACCUUCUUGGCAAGCGGCUAGCUGCAUUAAAAGUGACCAAUGAUGGUGGACCACAAUGUGGGCUUGUGAUAUCUGACUUGACCUUCUACUCUGGAAGUUUCAACACGCUCAAAGGACUGGAGAACCUUGUGACCAGCACGAAUGCAGUCUGGGAUGUCAGGUGACAUCUUUCAUUAGCAGCCUCAUACAUGACAGGAAGAAAGGAUUAGGCAGCAAGAAGAGUUUGACUGAGCAACUGCUGGAUUGAGUGACAGCAUCUUCACAUCACAGUCACACCGCCAUCACAUAACAUAAUGCUGUGAUGUUCAUAUUAAAACUACUCAUUACAUGUUGGAUACUAGCAUGCAGAAUCAUGUUCAUAUGUGCUUCUUUGUCUUCAUGGUCAGUAGUUUUAUGGCAUACACAGCCAGACCUCAAUUAAAUCAAACCUAAUUAUGCUUCCUAGGAGUGGACAAUUUUCUGUCAACCCAUUUAGGUCACUAUACAAUUGUUUGGACAGGAGGCUAGUCCACUUAUUUCUGUGACUUUCACUAGAUUUGACUAUUAUAAUGGCCAGUAUGGACUUUAUAUAUCAACUAUCAUUUUCCUCUAAGGGUUUCAGGUUAUUCAGUUAGCUUGACCCUUAGAGGUCAAUGCUGAAGUAAAAAUCCUAGACUCAAACCCAGAACCUAACAGUUAAGCAUGAUCUUGUUAGGCUACCAUGUCCCUUAAAAUCCUGAGCUAAUUGUAAAGCUUUGUUGCACCCACACUCCCAGUAGGCAACUUGUACUGAUGGAUGUAUUUUGCAAUAAUUGGAUCUAACGCAGUUCAACACUUCAUCUCUGGCAUGGCAUAAUUUGAUCUACAAAACAAGCUGUCAAGCAAAACAAAAAAAGUACUACUAAGUACCAAAAGUGCUUUGACUCAAAGAUGCUUGCUGUUCCAAUAGGUUUCUACUUAUGGCAAUUGUUGUAUAUUUUCUUCUUUCAAGUGCAAUAUGUGAACUUAGUUUGUUUAUAACCGACUGACCAAUGUUGUGGAAACUACCAUUGUAGGUAGAAUCUAUAUAAGGGGACUUGACCAAUAAUUCACACAGAUUUUUGUUUUUCUCAACGUAGCUUAUUCCUUAUUGUAUACAGUUUUAAUUUAUUGAGGUUAUUUGUGCCUAUGUGCAGAAAGUUUGGUCGUUUUAUUUUUAUCUAAUAAUAGAAAGCAUUUUUUUGUUGCCCAUUAGAAAUUUCCUUCAAAAUCUUGCUGAAGAUGUCAAAAUUUGAGUUUUAAAAGGUUUCCGUGAGUGAAAGACAAAAUUGAUUUGGCUCAUCAAGUGCAAGGAAUCAAACAAGUCCUAUUUAUGGUUCACAAUAUUUUGACAUUUAAACAUGAUUUCAAAGAAACAUAUAAGUUGAUUAGCCAUGGCAGAAGUAUCAUUGGAAGUGGGAUGUCCUUCAGUUCUCUGAACAUUUUGAUAGCCAUUAAGUAUUUCUUGAGGGAUUCUUUUAGAGUUUAAUUUGAUUGGCUAGGGGCGUUUAAUAAGUGUGAAUGCUCAUUGGAUGUCAGUAUUUAUUUCAAAUGUUUCUGUCCAAUUGAAUUGUAAAUAUGAAAUGGUAUUUUUCCCCUCCAAUGUCUUGCUGUUUUUUCAAUUCAAAGAUUGUCUUGUUAUUAUAAUGUAUUAUGUCUAUCAUGGCACAAAUUCUUGAAACAAAGAUACUGUAUUCAGUUUAAUGGUAUCUCUCUCAAGUAGGACAAAUGAAACAGAAUCUAUUGGCUACUACUAAUAUGAUGUAUGCCAACCUUGGAAACUUCUUGUUUCUGCUCCAGAUUGAAUCAUUCACCUGAUCCAAUCAUACGAUUCAGUAUUUCAGAAAAGAAAAAUAUUUAAAGCUAGAAUGCUAGUUCAGUGCCAUUCGCUAGAGUGUUGAGUUUUGUAUCUGCACAGUAUUGAUGUGAGGGCUUGAAUUUUAAAUUACACUUAAGUUUUACAUAUAUGCCUUAUUUCUUAGUUUGUUAACAAAUUCUACAGUUCAGAAUGUUCUCCAAUGUGAGGGUUACAAAAAUGUCAAGCAUUCCUAGACGUGUUUUGUUUAUAAAAUAAUGUAAUAUGCAGAACUGGUGGUUGUAUUUUAUUCCACUGACAUUGUAAUACCAUCACUAAAAUGACUCCAUUCCUAGAUUAAAAAAAUUGUCUUCGCCUAUUUAUUUGGUUAGAAAAUCAAAUAAACUAAAUUUGAACUUGUGUGUCUACUUUACAACAUAAUACAAAUAUUUUCGUACAGUUUUUACAUAAAAUAAAAAUGUCCGUCUCCAUUCAGUCUAGUUCCAUUGCAUUAAAAUCAGAAACUGCUAUAAUAAAGACUAGGAAGAAAUGAAUUGGCGACUUCAUUGGGAAAAAAAAACCGGUAGACCCAAUAGUUCUUCUAUAAACACAGUGGAUGAACAUGUGGACAGUACAUUUUGAAAUAAAACCAUGAAACUGCUACUCAGUAGAAUGUCAUGUUACAACAGCGAGUGUGACUCAUUCUUCAUGUUUCAGUGAUUCUUGCUUCAUGUGAUAUUUACAUUAAAAUUUUUACACUGGAUUCUUUGGUGCUUUGCUUGUGUAUUAUUGGUGAAUGCAGUUAUAAACCACAAAAAACUAGAAGUCUUUUUUUUUUUCUUGUUAAAAUAUGCUUUAUUAUAUGAAAUGAUUAAUGAUGAUAGACCUGGGAAGCCACUUGUCCAGUGAAUGGGGUGGGGUACAAUACAAGAAAUAUACAAGUAAAUCAUUGUUAUUACACCCUCUAAGUAAUCCGUUUAUGAAAGAACAUGCAUUUAUUUCUUGAAAGCAAUCAACAAAUAGGAUGUACAAACUCAUUUCUAUAUAAAUAAAAAAACAACCCAAGAGUAGACAAGUAUAUUAAUUUAUCAUAAAUCACAAGACAAUAACUUCCCAUGGUUAAUAAAACGUAUCACAAUUAUUAUAUUGCCAUUAAGAAAUAAAAGAAAAAAGUCUGUAAAAACAUGAUAUAAAUGUUGUUUUUUUUAAAACCUGUAAAGCUGAGAAAAACAGAAGUAUAUAAAAAAAAAAACAACAGGGGUAAAUAACUAGAGUUCAAUCCAGACAGCUAAGGAUGUGUCAAUUAGAACAAUAUUUCUAGAGAAGUCAUAGAAAUAAUUCUUGUAACUGUUUGAACAAAGAUUUCAAUAGGAUCCAAAUAGUUUUGAGGGGG